GCGGUGCGAUCGGCCGCGCAGCUGCAGGAGCCGGGGCGGCGGCGCUGCUGCUGGUGCAGGGGCGGCGGCAGGAUGGUGUUUGAGUCGCUGGUCGUGGACGUUCUGAACCGUUUCCUCGGCGACUACGUGGUGAACUUGGACAGCUCCCAGCUGAAGCUGGGCAUUUGGGGAGGAGCUGUAGCACUGAACAAUCUGGAAAUAAAAGAAAAUGCCUUGAGUCAGAUGGAUGUGCCAUUUAAAGUUAAAGUAGGACAUAUUGGUAAACUUAACCUACAGAUUCCAUGGCAAAACCUUUAUACUCAACCUGUUGAAGCAGUUCUUGAUGGAGUUUAUUUGCUUAUUGUGCCCACAGCCAGCAUAAAAUAUGAUGCUGAAAAAGAAGCCAGGCAGUUCUUGGAAGCAAGACAAAGGGAAUUGCAAAGGAUAGAGGAAGCAAAGCAGAAGAUAGCUAACCAAGAUAAAGUAAAAGAGGAGACACAAGACACUUUUGUAGAAAAACUAGUUACUCAGGUCAUCAAAAAUCUUCAGCUGAAAAUUUCCAACAUCCAUAUUCGCUAUGAAGAUGAUAUCACAAAUCGGAAUAACCCUUUGUCAUUUGGGAUUUCACUUCAGAAUCUAAGUUUGCAGACCUCAGAUAAGAAUUGGAAUCCAUGUUUACAUGAUGAAACUGCCAAGUUGUUCUACAAGCUUGUACGACUGGAUAACCUUUUCGCUUACUGGAAUGUGCAAUCAGAGAUGUUUUACCAUGGUGGUUUUGAUGAAUCAUUGGUUAACUUAAAACAGGGAGUUUCCAGCCACAGUGUGAUUCCAGAAGGUUAUGAUUUUGUAUUCCGCCCAAUUUCAGCUAGAGCCAAACUGCUUAUGAAUCCUCGAUCUGAUGUUGACUUUUCAUCACCAAAAAUGGAUUUAGAUGUAAACUUACAGAAUAUAACUGUUGAAUUCAACAAGCCACAGUACUUCAGUGUUAUGGAGCUUCUUGAGUCUAUUGAUAUGAUGACUCGAAAUCUGCCAUACAGAAAAUACAGACCUGAUGUUCCAUUGCACAACAACGCCAAGACAUGGUGGCAGUAUGUUAUUUAUGGCGUCCUUGAAGUAAAUGUUCAACCUAAGCUCCAAAUGUGGUCAUGGGAACAUAUUCGACACCACAGGAAGCAAGUGAAAAACUAUAAAGAGAUGUAUAAAACAAAGAUAACAUCAAGAAAACCUGAUGAAGAAAUCUUGAAAUUGUUGGAGGAAUUAGAAAAGGCCUUGGAUAUUUUUAACAUCACUCUAGCAAGGCAACAAGCAGAAGUUGAGGCAACUAAGGCUGGAUUAAAAAUCUACAGACCAGGAGUAAAACAAGCUGAUGAAAAUUCUGGUGGCUGGUUUAGUUGGAUAUGGAACUGGUCAGGUGAAAAAAAGGAUGAAAAAAAGCAAGAAAUCAAGGGUUCAAGUCUUGAAGAACUGAUGACACAGGAAGAAAAGGCUAAACUUUAUGCAGCAAUUGGAUAUAGUGAAACAGCUGUGGAUCCAACUCUUCCAAAAUCAUAUGAAGCCAUGAAGUUCUCUGUGAAGUUACUAAGCAUGUCUGUAUCCAUAAGAGAAAACAGGCAAACUCCUGAGCUGGUAGAAUUUGCAUUAACUGGCUUGAGUACAGUAUUUACCCAACGACCAGGUGCACAAGCAGUAAGAUUUGAAUCAAAAAUUACCUCACUUGAAGUUACAGGCAUGUCCCGAGAAAAGUGUACGCCCUGUCUCCUAUCUUCUCGAACGGCCUAUUCGGAUGAGAGUACCUCACUUUUAAGCAUAAUGUUUGAGACUAAUCCUCUGGAUGAGAAAGCGGAUCAGAAGCUUAGAAUAGAAUCACAGCCACUGGAAAUAGUGUAUGAUGCAAUGACAGUAAAUAACUUAGUGGAUUUCUUCAGGCCUCCAAAAGAUGUAAGCUUAGAGCAACUGACAUCAGCAACUCUGAUGAAACUUGAAGAGUUCCGUGAAAAAACAUCAACAGGUUUGAUGUAUAUUAUUGAAACCCAGAAAGUUCUUGACCUCAAAAUUAACCUCAUGGCUUCAUACAUCAUUGUUCCACAGAGAGGAUUCUAUGAUAAUACAUCAAAUUUACUACUUCUGGAUCUUGGUAGUGUUAAAAUGACAAGCAAAAAUCGUUCUGAUUUGUCAGAACUCAAAGUAGGACAAAGCACUAUUGAAGAUAUAAUGUCAAGAGCUUAUGACAGUUUUGACAUCCAACUCAGCAGUAUACACUUACUGUACAGCAAACAUGAUGAGAACUGGCAAGAAGCUCGGAAGCUAAAAAAUUCAUCUCAAUGUAUCUUGCAGCCCUUGGAUGUAAAUAUGGAAUUUAGCAGGGCUAUGGUUGUUACAGAUGCAAGAAUGCCCAAGUUCAAACUCUCUGGACAGAUGCCUUUACUUUCUAUCCAAGUAUCAGAUCAGAAGCUGACAAGUAUCUUGGAGCUAAUUGAUAGCAUUCCUAAACCAAAAAGUGUGCCUGCUACCAGUUCUCCUCCAAAACCAGCUGAGGCUGGAAUAUCCCCUGUGCUUUCAGCACCACAUUUAUCACAAGGCAUGUUUCCUGCUCUGGAUCUUCAUUCAUUUCCUGAGUCAGAAUCAGAAGAAGAAUUUUAUGAUGCACUAAGCAGUCCUAUGGAAGAAGUGACAUUUUUUGAAGCCCCGUCUGGUUCCCUCAAGCAAGCUGGCAGUAGUGCAAGGCAAAAAAGACUACGGAAACAAGAAUCUUUGAAAAAUAUGACAGAAUUCCAGCUCAGGUUUGAAGUUGCUGAGGUCUUAGUUAAAUUAUGCCGUUGUACUGAUAAUACUGAGAUACCUGUGCUACAGCUUGAUAUUUUGGGCUUGGGCACAGAACUUAAAUUAAGAACAUUCGACAUGACUGCAAAUGCUUUCCUUCGUGAAGUUUGUCUGCUGUGCCCAGAGUAUAUGGAUGAUAACGACAAGCCAGUUUACAUAAUUACUACAUUGGAUAAUGUAGAAGAUGAUCUUCUCACUCUAGAGUACAUAAAGACUGAUAUUAACGGACCAGAACUCAAAACUACCUAUCAGAAUGUUCUACAAAAAAUAAAGGUGAACUUUUCAUCUUUAGAUGUUCAUUUGCAUACUGAAGCUCUGCUGAAUGCUAUGAACUAUCUGAAUAAUCUUCUACCCAAACAAGAAACUAAAGUUGCAGGAGUCCCUGAAAAAAUAGAGGAGAAGAAGGAUGUUCUUAAGAAAUUAACAUCAAAAAAAUUGAAGUAUGAAGAUGUUAUUGACCUCAAUAUCUGUGCAGAUUUAUCGUGUUUGAGUAUCUUUAUUAGAGAGAAAAAACAUAGAAUAGCUGAAAUUCACAUUGAAGGUCUGGAUAGCCAAGUGAUCAUGAGGAAAACAGCAACCGAAGUGACUGCAAAAUUGAAGAACAUCGUUAUUUUGGAUUCUGAUGAGACAGCAUUGUAUAAAAAGGCUCUGUACAUCACAGAAAAAGAAGUCUUCAACUUCAGAAUGAUAUCAUAUGUGAAUGCUACAGAUGACAUUGCAUAUUCAAAUAUGGAUGUUGUUGACAAUCGUGUUUAUCUAACUGUUGGGUGUAUUCAAGUACUUUUUGUCAACAAGUUUGUUUCAUCUAUUUUGGCUUUUAUAAAUAACUUUCAAGCUGCGAAGGAAGCUCUUACUGAAGCAACUGUUCAAGCAGCAGAGAAAGCAGCUACAGGUGUAAAAGAACGUAGUUCCCGUUUGGCACUAGAUAUUAACAUUAAAGCGCCUGUUGUAAUAAUUCCACAAUCAGCAAUGUCUGAGAAUGUUCUGGUGGCUGAUCUUGGUCUAAUCACCGUGAAGAACCAAUUCUUUAUCGCUGAAACAAGAAUGUCUUAUAAUCUUCCACCUGUUAUUGACUCUAUGACGGUGAAAUUGAGUGAACUAAAGUUAUACAGAUCCUGCUAUGAGCAAGGUUCUUUGCAAACAGAAGUACAGUUGCUGCAGCCAAUCAAUCUGGAAGUAGCUGUUGAACGAAAUUUAGCUGCCGCGUGGUAUAAUGAAGUUCCUGAUAUUGAAAUAUCUGGCCGACUCAAGGCUAUGAAUCUAAUUCUCAGUCAGGAAGAUAUUACCACAAUACUGAGGACACUAAAUGAAAAUACAGGGGAAAGCUCUGGUGCAUCAACAUCUUUUCCAGAAGCAAAAGAAUCAACUAGAUAUUGUAGUGAUAUGCAUAGUACUUCACAGCACUCUGCAGGUGUAACUGUUGUGACAUCAGCUGUUGUGGAAUUGCAUUCACCUGUACAAAUAAAAACAACACUAAAACUGGACUUCAAAUUCGACUCUCUGACUUUAGUGUUGUAUAGUCCAAAUUCAAAACAGGCUACCAGUUUGGAUCAGAGAGAUGACCUUUUGAAGCUUGCAGAGCUUAAAUUAGUUUUGAUGUCAGCUGCUCUGAAAAUGUUAUCAGAUGGCUCAAUGAAUGCUUCAGUCAAACUGACAAAUUGUACAUUAGAUGAUAAAAGACAGUCAAUCCAGAAGGCUACACCAAGAAUGGUGGAAAUGAAACAUGGAUUUGAAAAGAAAGUUAUGGUGGAUAUAAGCUACAAACAGGGGAGAGAUGGCACUGUUCUUGAUGUGAUUGUUCAAGAGAUAUACCUUUGUGCAAGCAUGGAGUUUCUACUUACUGUAGCAGAUAUAUUUCUAAAGGCUAAUGCAGAAAGUGCUGCUGCACAGAGAAAUCUCAAACAGACAUUACCUUUAAAGGACCAAGCACCUGUGCAGCCUGUAUCUACCAUGGAGAUGAACAUUGUUAUUAAAAAUCCAGAGAUUGUGUUUGUGGCUGAUUUAACAAGAAGUGAUGCUCCUGCAUUGGUAGCUACAACACAGUGUGAGGUCUUCAUUAAAAGUAGCCCUGGAAGGUACAACAUGACAGCUGCUGUUAAAGACAUACAAAUGAAAGCAUGCCCAUUUAUUCCAGAAAAAAGGAAUGGGAACAUUACUACGGUAUUACAGCCUUGUGACUUCUUCUUUGAAAUGAAACAGUCAGGUACUAAUCCACAGACAGCUGAUCUAAUGAUUAAAUCUCUAACGUUAAAAGUUUCACCAAUAAUCAUAAACACAGUAAUUACUAUUACAUCAGCCCUUUAUCAAACUGCAGAAACAACAGAAGAAGAGAUUAGUCAAAUUCCUCCAGACUUGUGGAAUAAGAAAGAUAUAAAAAGUCUAAACAUGUGGUUUCUUGAAGAGACAAAUGAAAAUGAAGAUAAAAACACAACCACUGAACUAGUUCCCACAGGAGAGUCAUUGAAAAUUAAAAUAGAAUCUGUUUUUCUAACACUUGAAGCUGGAGUUGGGCACAGAACUGUACCAAUGCUUCUUGCCAAAUCCUCAUUUGUUGGAGAAGUCAAGAACUGGAGUACUCUAAUCAACCUACGUUCUUGUCUUGAGCUAGAGGUACACUAUUUUAAUGAGAUGUUUGGGGUGUGGGAACCUUUGCUUGAACCGUUAGAAGUUGAGAAGACUGAUUUAUUCAAGCCAUGGAUUCUUGAAAUCAAGAUGAAAAAGGCAAAAAAAGUGCUGCUUGAAUCAGAUGAUGAAGACGAAGAAAACUACAAAGUUCCAGAAUAUAAAACUGUAAUAAAUGUUUCCUCAAAAGACCAGCUCAACAUUACACUAUCCAAGUGUGGACUGCAAAUGUUGAGUAACUUGGGCACGGCAUUUGCUGAAGCAGCUAGUCAAACUUCAGACAUCUUCAAAAAAGACCGAGCACCGUUUGUAAUAAUAAAUUCUUUAGGACUUCCCAUAAUGGUCUUGCCUAGUGAUGCCUUUAGUGUCCUUGAUGUUGAAUUUGGAGCAAAAAUAUUUCAUUUAAAAGAUGGAGAGAAUUUAAAUAUGGAAUUUGUUAGAACUAAGAAUGAAAGUGACCAGUUCACAGCGAUGACAACACUCAGUAGCAAGAGAUUUUACAUUCAAAUCUGUCCACAUAAUCAUUCUACCGUGGAAAAGAUUCCAUUGACAAAAGUGGGUCGAUGUAUUUACAGAGUGAGACACGAGGAAUCAGGUGUUGAAAGGUCCAUUGUCUGCCAAAUUGACACUGUUGAAGGAAGCAAGAUGAUAACUAUACGUUCUCCUAUUCAGAUAAGGAAUCAUUUUUCAAUCCCCUUUAAUGUUUUUGAGGAAGGAAGAUACUUAGGGACUGCUUCACCAGGAAAUGAAUUCAACAUACCCUUUUCCUCUUACAGAUCCAUAUUGAGUUUGCAACCACUAACCAAUGAAAAUGCAGUGAAUGGAGAAUAUGAUAUGUGUGAAGGAAUUACAUUUGAUGACAUUAUAAAAAACGUUGACAGUUUGUUACAAAGGAAAUGCCAGUCUGUGGGGUCAACUAACCACUCUCUUAUCAUCAAUAUUGUUCCUGUAAAAGAUUCAUUGACAUCUUCAUGUGCGGAAGAUCAGUGGGAUUUUCCAUAUGUUGUUCAUUUAUGGCCUUCUGUUCUUCUCCACAAUCUUCUUCCUUAUCUAAUAACUUUUUCUGUAGAGGGUAAUGGGAACAAAUAUGACACUCUACAAGAAGGAAGUUCAGCACAGAUUCAUAAUGCAGUCUUGGAUCAAACAAAACUAGAUUUGCAGUUGCUUAACUAUCUUGAUCAAAAUUGGAAGAGUGAGUACCAUAUAAAAAGCGAUCUGCCUGAUAUCAGCUUCACGACAUUUUACUGCAUCACGGAGCUGGAUAAGACUGAACUGGAUAUUGCUGUUCAUGUGACCUACAGAACUGGGCAGAUGGUUAUAGCAAUUCACAGUCCAUACUGGAUGGUUAAUAAAACUGGUCGAAUGUUGCAAUACAAAGCUGAUGGUAUUCACCGCAAGCAUCCUCCAGAUUACAAAAAACCACUCCUUUUUUCUUUCCAGCCUAAGAACUUCCUCCAAAAUAACAAGGUGCAGCUUAGGGUAACGGACAGUGAACUGUCUGAUCAUUUUUCACUGGACACUGUUGGAAGUCAUGGUUCUGUGAAAUGCAAGAGUCAUAAAAAGGAAUAUCAAGUUGGUGUCACCAUAAACAACAGCAGUUUUAAUAUUACUAGAAUUGUAACUUUCACUCCAUUUUUUAUGAUCUCAAAUAGAAGUAAAUAUACUUUGGAAGUAGCUGAAGAAGGCAAGGAAAAGUGGAUUCCCCUUGUUUUACAACAGUGGUGUGAGAAACAAUGGGAAAGGGAACUUAGUGGCAUGUGCAUUCCUUUUUGGCCUGAAAAUGAUGCCAACAAACUGCUUGUUAGAGUUGAAAAUUCUGAUCUCCCCCCAAAGAAGAUAAAUUUUGAUCAGCAAGAAAACUGUCUCCUACUGCAUUUAGACAACAAGCUUGGAGGAAUUACAGUGGAUGUUAACCUGACUGAACAUUCUACAGUGAUUACCUUUUCUGAUUACCAUGAUGGCGCAGCUCCAUUUCUGUUGAUAAACCAUACUAACGACGAAAUUAUUGAGUAUGGACAAAGCUCCCUUAGUGAAUUGGAAGACUGCCUUCAGCCCAAUAAGGCAGUACUGUAUACUUGGGCAGACCCAGCAGGAUCUAGGAAAUUGACAUGGAAAUGUGGAAAUAGAACCGAGGAAAUUUCUCCAAAAGAGGACAAAAUGGAAAUACUCAGAGUGGAUUGCAGAAAAGCUGUCUAUUUAAUGUCAUUUUAUGAAGGUUUGCAGCGUAUUGUCCUGAUCACUGAAGAUGAGAAUGUGUUUAAAUUGACAUAUGAAAGUGUAAAAGCAGAACUAGCAGAACAAGAAAUUAUUCUGUCUUUGCAAGAUGUUGGAAUUUCACUGGUUGAUAAUUACUUAAAACAAGAGGUGUCCUACAUUGGAAUUACAAGUUCUGAUGUGGUUUGGGAGACAAAACCGAAGAAGAAGUCAAGGUGGAGACCAAUGAGUGUUAAGCAAAUUGAAAAAUUAGAACAAGAAUUCAAAGACUACAGUGAGCUGAGUCCUUCAGAAAAUAAGAUUAUUGAGUUGGAAUCAAAUGUUUUGGUAUGUUUAACUCCUAAUGGAAUGGACAUGAAAAUUCAACAACCAAAUGAAAUUCCUAUCAGAAGGAAUUAUCUGCCAGCUUUAAAAGUGGAAUACAGUUCGUCUGCACAUCAGAAGUCUUUCAGAAUUCAAAUUUACAGGAUACAGAUACAAAACCAGAUUCCUGGAGCCAUAUUUCCCUUUGUGUUCUAUCCUAUUAAACCUCCAAAGUCCAUCACCUUGGAUUCAGCACCAAAACCAUUUACUGACGUCAGUAUUGUCAUGAGAACUGCAGGACAUUCACAAAUAUCUCAUAUUAAGUAUUUUAAGGUCCUGAUUCAAGAGAUGGAUCUCAGAUUAGAUCUCGGCUUCCUGUAUGCACUUGUUGCGUUGUUUACACGGACUGAUUUGCCAAGUGACCCAGAGAUACAACAUUUCAAAAAGGAUGUUGAAUGUCUUCAAGAAGAACUGAUGAGUGUGUCAUCAAUGGAUACAUCACAAAUCAGCUUGUAUGAAUACUUUCAUAUCUCUCCAAUUAAGUUACACUUAAGCUUUUCACUCAGUACGGGUGGAGAAGAUAGUAAUAAAGAAGAAGGAAAGAAUGAACUGAUACCACUUCAGUCCUUGAAUCUCCUGCUGAAGAGUAUAGGGGCCACCCUCACAGAUGUACAAGAUAUUGUUUUUAAGUUGUCGUUCUUUGAACUCAGAUAUCACUUCUGUACUACACAACAGCUCCAAUCAGCAGUUGUAAAACAUUAUUCGAAACAGGCUAUUAAACAGAUGUAUGUUCUUAUUCUUGGCCUUGAUGUCUUGGGUAAUCCCUUCGGAUUCAUAAGAGGCUUGUCUGAAGGAGUAGAAGCAUUCUUCUAUGAACCAUACCAGGGAGCCAUCCAGGGUCCUGAGGAAUUUAUAGAAGGAAUGGCACUAGGACUUAAAGCACUAGUAGGGGGAGCUGUUGGUGGAUUAGCAGGUGCUGCCUCAAGAAUCACAGGUGCUAUGGCAAAAGGAGUAGCUGCAAUAACCAUGGAUGAGGAUUACCAGCAAAAAAGGAGAGAAGCUAUGAAUAAACAGCCCACUGGUCUGAGAGAGGGUAUCACUCGUGGUGGAAAAGGAUUAGUUUCUGGUUUUGUCAGUGGCAUAACAGGAAUAGUUACAAAACCAAUAAGAGGAGCUCAGGAAGAAGGAGCAGCUGGUUUUUUCAAAGGUGUCGGAAAAGGCUUAGUGGGAGCAGUAGCUAGGCCUACUGGUGGAAUCAUAGACAUGGCAAGCAGCACAUUUCAGGGUAUUAAAAAAGUUGCAGAUUCAUCAGAUGAUGUGAUAAGCCUGCGCCCACCUCGCUUCUUUGGUGAAGAUGGAGUUAUUAGACCUUACAGAUUAAGAGAUGGAACUGGAAGUCAAAUGUUACAGGUGAAGGAAAAAUGAGAGAUAGAUUGACAUACAUUUAAACUCAUCUUACAUUAAAAUAAAUAUUUUAGAAUUUCCCAUUUCCUAAAUUCCCAGUCUGCCCAUACCUAGUAACUCAAUAGUCAAGAAGUUUCAUUUAAUUUCUUAGGCGUAUGCCCACU